AUGCAGCUUUGUGUUGAAGGAUUCCUAAAGUUUUGGUUUUGUUCGUUUGGUUCUAUUUGGAAACCCGAACUGCGAGAGAGGUUGCAGGGUCUGCAGUUUGUGCUCGUGAUACCGUGCUCCGUACACGUGUAG